AUGGCAUCUCUGCUGGACCUAGCCAGACCUUUUGCUGUCGUCCUGCAGCUGUCUGUGCUGCUUGCUGUAAUCUUUGUGCUGCUGAAGGUGCUCCAGUUAUACCAGGAGAGGAAAAAACUCAUCAAAGCUCUGGAGGCAUUCCCUGGCCCCCCAAAACACUGGCUCUAUGGCCACAAUCACCUGAUAGGUUCUGAAAACUUCUUAGACCAGAUAGUGUCAUGGGGAGAAGAAUAUCCCUAUGCCUUUCCCAGAUGGUUUGGACCACUCCUGCCUUCUCUAAUCAUCCACCAUCCUGAAUAUGCCAAAAGCAUACUUGGCCGAACAGAUCCCAAGGCUAGUGUACCCUACAAAUUCCUAAUUCCCUGGAUUGGGGAGGGGCUGCUGAUCUUGGAAGGAGGCAAAUGGUUCCAGCACAGGAAGAUGCUGACCCCAGCCUUUCAUUACGAUGUGCUGAAAUCUUACGUCACCCUGAUGUCAGACUCAGUCAAAGUGAUGCUGGAUAAAUGGGACAAGAAGAUCAUGGAGAGGAAGUCAGUGGAGCUCUUUCAAGAUGUCAGCUUGAUGACACUAGACAUCAUCAUGAAGUGUGCCUUCAGUUGUAAUUCCAACUGUCAGACUCAGAGCGACUCCCACUAUUAUAUUAGAGCUGUUUUUGACCUGACCUACCUCCUGAGCCAGAGAAUCCAGUCUUUUUCCUUCAAGGAUGUCUUCUACAACUUGACUAGCAAAGGCCAUGAGUUUCAGGAUGCCUGCAAGCUGGCCCAUUCCCACACAGAUCAGGUAAUACAAGAAAGAAAGCUGUUGCUCUCCAAUGAGAAGGAACUUGAGAAGAUCCAGAAGAAGAGGCACCUGGAUUUUCUGGACAUUCUUCUUUGUAGCAAGGAUGCAAAUGGAGUUGGACUGUCCGAUGAGGACCUGCGUGCCGAGGUGGACACCUUCAUGUUUGAGGGUCACGAUACCACGGCCAGUGGCAUCUCCUGGCUCUUCUACUGCAUGUCACUGCACCCAGAGCACCAGCAAAGGUGCAGGGAGGAGAUCCAGGGCAUCCUGGGGGACCGAGAUACCAUUGAGUGGGAGGACCUUGGGAAGAUGACCUACACCACGAUGUGCAUCAAAGAGAGCUUACGCCUAUUCCCACCAGUUCCUGCUGUGUCCCGACAGCUCUCCAAACCCAUCACAUUUCCUGAUGGACGCAGCUUGCCAGCAGGCUGCCAGGCUGGAGUGAACAUAUUUGCUAUUCACAGGAACCGGGAUGUGUGGGAGGACCCCGAGGUUUAUGAUCCCCUAAGGUUUUCUCCAGAGAACUCAGCACAGAGGCACUCCCAUGCUUUUCUGCCUUUCUCUGCUGGAUCCAGGAACUGCAUCGGGCAGCAGUUUGCCAUGAACGAGAUGAAGGUGGUGCUGGCUCUGACCCUGCUGCACUUCGAGCUCUACCCAGACCCAUCCAAGCUUCCCAUAGUGCUACCACAGGUGGUCCUCAGGUCCAGCAACGGGAUACACUUGCAUUUGAAGAAGAUUUUCUGA